UUGUCGGCUUCCUGGGGUCGGUGGGUCGGGCGGGACGGUCCCGAGCCGCAGUCCUUCCUGCGGUCCAGUCGCCCGCGGCCGGAGUCGGGCCGAGCGCCGAGGAGGGGUGCUGGUGGCCGGCCGCUCCAGUUCCUCCCCGAGUUGGAGCAUGGCUGCAGCUGCGGUCCCUCCAGAGGGAGGUGAGCUCGGAGGCGGUCGUGUUUGAUUCGGGGCAGCAGCGGGUCGAGUCCAGGGCCCCGGAGCCGGCGACUGCAACUUGAUGCGGCUCCCUCCCGGCUGAGCCCGUGGGUUGCGGUCGCGGUGGGGCUGGCCGCGCCGGCCGCCCUCAGAUGCGGAGCCCGCCGGCGGCGCAGGACGCGGCCCCGGGGCUGCUGUCUGCCUCUGAGCGGCGAGAUAAGCAGACAGCUAAAUGGAGUCUGAGCAGCUGUUUCAUAGAGGCUACUAUAGAAACAGCUACAACAGUAUAACAAGUGCGAGUAGUGACGAGGAGCUUUUAGACGGAGCAGGUGUGAUUAUGGACUUUCAGACUUCUGAAGAUGACAACUUGUUAGAUGGUGACACAGCAGUUGGAACUCAUUACACAAUGACAAACGGAGGCAGCAUCAGCAGUUCCACCCACCUGCUGGACCUUCUGGAUGAACCCAUCCCCGGUGUGGGUACCUAUGACGAUUUCCACACCAUCGAUUGGGUGCGGGAGAGAUGUAAAGACAGGGAAAGGCAUAGACGGAUCAACAGCAAAAAGAAAGAAUCAGCAUGGGAAAUGACAAAAAGUUUGUAUGAUGCGUGGUCAGGAUGGCUAGUAGUAACACUAACAGGAUUGGCAUCAGGGGCAUUGGCUGGUUUAAUAGACAUCGCCGCCGACUGGAUGACUGACCUCAAGGAGGGCAUCUGCCUUAGUGCACUGUGGUACAACCACGAACAGUGUUGCUGGGGGUCUAAUGAAACCACAUUUGAGGAGAGGGAUAAAUGUCCACAGUGGAAAACCUGGGCGGAAUUAAUCAUAGGGCAAGCGGAGGGUCCUGGUUCGUACAUCAUGAACUACAUAAUGUACAUCUUCUGGGCCUUGAGUUUCGCCUUUCUUGCCGUUUCCCUGGUGAAGGUGUUUGCUCCGUAUGCCUGUGGCUCUGGGAUUCCAGAGAUUAAAACUAUUUUGAGUGGAUUCAUCAUCAGAGGCUACUUGGGAAAAUGGACUUUAAUGAUUAAAACCAUCACAUUAGUACUGGCUGUGGCAUCAGGUUUGAGUUUAGGGAAAGAAGGGCCCUUGGUACACGUUGCCUGUUGCUGUGGAAAUAUCUUUUCCUACCUCUUUCCCAAGUACAGCACAAAUGAAGCCAAGAAAAGAGAGGUGCUAUCAGCUGCCUCAGCUGCAGGUGUUUCUGUAGCUUUUGGUGCACCAAUCGGAGGAGUUCUUUUCAGCCUGGAAGAGGUUAGCUAUUAUUUUCCUCUAAAAACUUUAUGGAGAUCAUUUUUCGCUGCUUUAGUGGCUGCAUUUGUUUUGAGAUCCAUCAAUCCGUUUGGUAAUAGCCGUCUGGUCCUUUUUUAUGUGGAGUAUCAUACACCGUGGUACCUUUUUGAACUGUUUCCUUUUAUUCUCCUCGGGGUAUUUGGAGGGCUAUGGGGAGCCUUUUUCAUUAGGGCAAAUAUUGCCUGGUGCCGCCGACGCAAAUCCACCAAGUUUGGAAAGUAUCCUGUUCUCGAGGUCAUCAUUGUUGCAGCCAUCACUGCCGUGGCAGCCUUCCCUAAUCCCUACACGAGGCUCAACACCAGCGAACUGAUUAAAGAGCUCUUCACAGACUGCGGCCCCCUGGAAUCCUCUUCUCUCUGUGACUACAGAAAUGACAUGAACGCCAGUAAAAUCGUUGAUGACAUUCCUGAUCGUCCAGCAGGCCUUGGAGUAUAUUCAGCUAUAUGGCAGUUAUGCUUGGCACUCAUAUUUAAAAUCAUAAUGACCGUGUUCACUUUCGGUAUCAAGGUCCCGUCCGGCUUGUUCAUCCCCAGCAUGGCCAUCGGCGCGAUCGCCGGCCGCAUCGUGGGCAUCGCAGUGGAGCAGCUGGCCUACUAUCACCACGACUGGUUCAUCUUCAAGGAGUGGUGUGAGGUCGGGGCCGACUGCAUCACCCCCGGCCUUUACGCCAUGGUCGGCGCGGCCGCGUGCUUAGGUGGUGUGACAAGGAUGACUGUGUCCCUGGUGGUCAUUGUUUUUGAGCUCACUGGAGGCUUGGAGUAUAUUGUUCCCCUGAUGGCCGCAGUAAUGACCAGUAAAUGGGUUGGAGAUGCCUUUGGGAGGGAAGGCAUUUAUGAAGCUCACAUCCGGCUAAAUGGAUACCCUUUCUUGGAUGCAAAAGAAGAAUUCACUCAUACCACCCUGGCUGCCGAUGUCAUGAGACCUCGGAGGAGUGACCCUCCCCUGGCCGUCCUGACCCAGGACAACAUGACCGUGGAUGACAUAGAAAACAUGAUUAACGAGACCAGCUACAACGGCUUUCCUGUCAUAAUGUCCAAAGAGUCUCAGAGAUUAGUGGGAUUUGCCCUCAGAAGAGACCUGACAAUUGCAAUAGAGAGUGCCAGAAAAAAACAGGAAGGGAUAGUGGGCAGUUCCCGCGUGUGCUUCGCGCAGCACACCCCGUCCCUCCCAGCAGAGAGUCCCCGGCCGCUGAAGCUCCGCAGCAUCCUUGACAUGAGCCCAUUCACGGUCACGGACCACACGCCCAUGGAGAUCGUGGUGGACAUCUUCCGGAAGCUGGGCCUGCGGCAGUGCCUGGUCACGCACAACGGGAGCGUCUUGGGGAUCAUCACCAAGAAGAACAUGGUAGCGCACCUGGAGGAGCUGACGCGGCGCGCCGAGCCCCUGACGCCUCCUUGGUAUCAUCACAAAAAAAGAUAUCCUCCGUCAUAUGGCCCAGACGGCAAACCAAGACCCCGCGUCCAUAAUGUUCAACUGAGCCCCGUGACGUCAGAGGGAGAGGAGGCCGGGGAGGAGGCCCGCCUGCUGAGCAGCACCACGCUUUAACCCCCUUCAAAAAAGGAAGUAGAAAAGCCGGGCUGCUGCAACAUGGUUUGCAGUACUGCUGGUGGAAUGGAGGAGUUGUUUGGGGAGGGAAAGGAGACAGAGAAGGAGGCGAGUGAGUAUCUCCCAUCCCACGAGGGGGCCACGUGGUGUGCUGUCUGCGCUGGAUGCGCUCAGCCCGGGGUGCGGCCUGGGCCUCCCUCCACGGGGAGGGCGGCCGAGCCUGACCCCGGCCCCCGGCCUGCUCUCCAGCGCCGCAGAGACGUGCCUGUUUCGGGAGGGAUCCCUCUGAAUCGAGCCAUCUCUAAGACUACAAGGUCUUGCCCUUUUUUAAUCAAAACUUUUCUGUUUAACUCAUGAAGUGUACAGUUAAAGCAUUACCUUUCUACAUUCCGGACGAGCUUCUCCCUCUCCCCACCGCCCCUUCUCUCUCGCGCUCUAACAAAGCCUCUGUAAGUCGGUGUGCCCUUUGGAAGCAGUCCUUUCUCAUAUUGAGAUGUACUGAGGUUGUACUGAGGUUUCACACAGAAGAAGGGAGUGUUUCUUGUGCCCUUAACCCUGUAGUUUGCCCCAUCAUGAGAUGCUGGGUGCAGUCACGUGUGCGCCGACAGGGGCCCAUGGCACCGGGAGGACCUCCACGGAGGAGAAAUGAGCUCUCGCUCGGGUGCCGUGUGGUUCAGAACCUACAACGGUGAACUUUACUUGUGAGGGUAAACAGUUUUCCUUUUUGCUUUUUUUUCCGCCCCUCUCUGACUUUAUGGAUAAUGUGACCUGGUCGUAUUCAGAUUUUGUUUCUAAAACUCCUAUAAUACACAAGUACUGUUGAGCGUAAGGAGACAAGACGCUGCUUCUUUGACAGUGACGAGAAGGAAGAAUUCUGUUUAGCUGCACCUGGUAUGAGUUGCAUGUUUAAACACUGGAAUUUUCUUUUUCUUGAAAUUAGAUCAGUCUUUUUCUUUUCUUUUCUUUCCUCAAGGUGUUUUACUGCUGACGCUGAAGAAGAAAUGUAAUUCAUAACUUGCACUAAAUGUAUAUUUCUUUCUUAAAAAUUUACCAUUCUUAUUUAUAUUUUUAUGGAUUAAAAUUUAUAAAAUACA